UUGUGUUUUUUUUUCGUCGAAUUUGUCUUUUCAACAGAAACACUAUUAAUACUCAAGAACCGGAUUUUCUUACUUUUUCAGAAAAAAAAUGAAUUUUGAUGAUGGAUUCACGUUUGUGAAACCCGGGAAAAAAUCCCGAAGAAAUGUGAACACAAAAAUCCGCAAUGUUUUAGAGUCCGUGGAUAUUGAUGUGAAUGACACUAUUGAGAGAAUACAAAAAGCUAAAGAAGAACUUCAUCAAUCCGAGUUUAUGCGGAAAUUCUUGAAUAAUUUAGACAUCUUGGAAGAAAUCAAAUUCAUUUAUUGUUUCGGUCUGGGGCAGUUAAGUUCUUCAAUUGCAAGAUAUCAGACGGCCUUUGUUUUGAUAAUAAACGAAUCAUUAAGACUUUCUGCGGGUAGACUGGAGGUCUACGAUCCAGUCUUCUCGAGUAAAGAACUAGGUAAUUUGACCACAAAUAGUGGCGUAUUCAGAGGUUUCGGGCUAUGGGGCCCCCUCAUGGAACCGUUAAUGGUAUCCUAA